GAAUAAGGAGAGUAACCGAAGUAUGGAUAAUAAUAACCAUAUGGAGAAGAAUAUGGGAAGCCUCUACCAUAAGCUGACCCUAGUAAUGAAGCUAGUAAAAAGGUUGCAAGUAAAUCUGAACGAGGAAAAGCUUGAGGAGGUUGAGGAAGUUCUUCAGCUUGAUUGCUUCUCUGACCAAAACCAGAAACCACCUGUUCUGCGUUACCAUUGGAGAACACUCUCUUAA